AUGCUCGAGUCUCUGCCUCCCGAACUCUUGUUAUGCAUCUUGAAAUGCCUCCCACUACAGUCGCUAAGUGUGCUUAGGCAAACGUCGAAACAGUGGAAUCAGCGCUUUGUCGAGCAUGGACCCUACAUCUACCGGAAUGCGGCGUCUCACCACGGCUUCAUCUCGUCUCCUGAGAUGACCCUCGACCAAGCUAUCCAGCAAGCCAAAACCGCUGUCAAAGAUGUAUCUACAUGGGUUGGCUUUUGCAGACAGCGGUACCAAACCGAGAAGAAUUGGUUGGGACGAGGUGCUGCGUGGUGUAGAGGGCUUGCAGAAGCCCACGACGAUCUGCACAGAAUCAAAAUUGAUGAAGAGCGUGGUUUUCUCAUAACUACUCAUCAAGAUGGAGGUUUGAAUGUGCGAGAUCUGGAAACAGAUACCAAUCUAUGGUCUUUCCCACCCGCCUAUGUGCGCCGAUAUGCACAUUGCGAAUAUGGCAAUGGCUUCCUCAUCUUCGAUCGUUUCGGCCAUGGAAAAGAAGUCUGGCGCAUCGCGUCAGAGCCUGAAGAAAGCCCCGCAUCGCGCGACGAGUCACAAUAUCGCGUUUACCAAUGUAUCGCUCCUUUAUUUCCUGAAAGCAAGGCCGCAUUCAAGCCAUGGGCAGUCCUUACCACACCCGAGCACACCCGAGCCUAUCGUUUCGUGUACCCGAUGCUCCUAGUGGCAGGGCCGGAGAAAGCAUAUCUUUGGGACGUGCCUAGAUGUGACAUCGCGCGGGUCAUUCCAGAUAUUCAAACACCGAUGGCGGGUGAGAUACUCGGAGACAUCAACUAUGUCGAGCUCAGCCCGCUGCAUGUAAUCAUCUGCGGCAGCAGGCAGCUCAGACUGUUUGACCGAACCUCGGGUGCGUGUGUGUGGUACAUGCGAACGUCUCCGGCAGGCCAGCACUACAAGUCUAUCGUAUUCACUCCAGCCUCGGUUCCCCCACCUGACGUAAAUGACUUCGCUGUGUUCCCCCGAAGUCCCGAACCGGGACUAUUGGAUCCCCAUCAUUACUCUCAAUAUGUGGCCGUCCAUGCCUCCAAUGACGGUAGAACGAUCGCUGCACUUACGAAGGACUGCUCGCUCCUGUUGAUCAAGGAUAUCAUUCCUAUCAUCAUGAACCGCGUCAAGCUUGAGGAUGCUAGCCUUACAUUGACUUUCAAUCAGUCACGGUUGGGUAGAGGGCCAGGGUCGGCUAUAUACCUGGCCUUCGAGUUCGGUCGCGUCGGCGUCAUCACAUCUUCAGGAGUCUUCGUCAUCACUCUGGACGCCACACAGCACGGCAUUCUUGUUGCGGACCGAGCUCAGGAACGGCGCGAAGCUGACCUGUCAUGCAACAUUCCUGCACGCGUCGCCAUUGCCCAGUCGCCCUUUCCAUUCCUCCAAUGCUGCCAGAUCCUGCCGUUCAAUCAGGCUCGCGCUCUGCGCAAUGUGACAUGUCUGCAGAUGUCGCAGGGCCGCAUGUUCUUCAUCUGGGACCCUCGCGCGAUGCCGGAUGAGCUAGAUGGCGACAGUGAUGCUGUGGAUUCUUCAGAUUCCGAUGAGAUUGAAUUACUGCAGCCACAUAUGCCUGGUACUUUCCAAGCGGAAGACGAGGACGCCGAUGGAGAGCCGGACCCUGAGCUUUGGCAAGCUGCCCACCACAAUCCUGAUCAUGGCACAUACCUUCCGGUAUGGGAUGCUGAAGAGGAUGAGGGUGAGAUAAUCCAAGUCGAUGAGGACGAUGAGGACGAUGAAGAGAAUGACGACGAGGACGAUGGCGGCGGGUUGGUCAUACCUCAUUUUCUCCCGGCGCAUUUGCUGUUACAGGACGAUAAGCUAUAG